UUACAGAAAUGACUUGAACAAAUCAAUUGAUUUCUAUUUUCUACUCUUAACAGCCACUUAAACUCCUUUAAUCCAUUUACUUUCUUCCUACGCUUUUUCACUUCCUCUCCUUCCCUUUAACUAAACUCCUUUAAUCCUUUUACUUUCUUUCUAAGCUUUUUCACUUCCUCGCCUUCCCUUUAACCGCACCAUGGCCGAUUCCGCCACCACCGCGCCUCUACCCCUCAAAGUCAUCGCCGGAGCAGACUCCUUCGGCGCCGAUCUGAAAGACGCGAUGAUAUCCCACCUUCGCUCCCUCAACAUCGAAGUUGAAGAUCUGGGCACUACCUCCUACUACAACAUCGGGGCGGAAGUCGGCCGCCAAGUCUCCUCUGCCACCACCUCCCCCACCGUCGAAACCCGCGGCCUCGUCGCUUGCGGGACUGGCGUCGGAGUCGGGGUCUUCGCCAACAAAUUCCCCGGCGUUUUCGCCACCACGUGUCUCACUCCGGACGAAGCCCGCAACAACCGCUCCAUCAACAACUGCAACGUCUUGGCCCUCGCCGGCAUGUCAACAUCCAUAGAUACCGCCAAGGAAAUCGUCGACACGUGGCUCCACACCCCUUUUAAAUCGCCGUGUCCGGCCUCCAAGUCUCAGCCUUGGCCCGAGGAGAUCUCAAAAUUCCUUGAUGAAUCGAUGAUUGAUAUGCCCAAAAUCGGUGCUUCUGAAAAAACCCAAGCUGAAUCUUGUGCAAUUUGUUGUUUAGUUAAGAACAGAGAAUUGAAUCCAAUCGAUAUAAUCCCUGGUGGGUCAAUGAAGAUAUUGAGAGAAAGUCCCACAUCGGCUAUUGUUAGAUUCAAGGCAGGGAGUGUAGAGCCAGCCCACCACCAUACUUUUGGGCAUUGUUUGGUGGUGAUGGAAGGGAAAAAAAGUGUUUGGAAUUUGAGUAAAGAAGAAAGAUAUGAUUUGGGUGUUGGGGAUUAUUUGUUCACUCCAGCUGGGGAUGUUCAUAGAGUGAAAUAUUAUGAAGACACUGAGUUUUUCAUCAAAUGGGAUGGGAAGUGGGAUAUGUUCUUUGAUGAAGAUCUUGAGACUGCUAAAAUUGCUAUUGACAAGGAAUUGGCUAAUGGCUCUGCUUGAAAGAACAAAGCUUUCUACUAAUGGCAAUGGCUUGCGUUUGCUUGUGUGUGAUACUAGCUUUUAUGUAAAAAAGGAGUUCUUAUUUUUGUAAAAUAACUGAGCUUGUGUUUGAAUAAUAAAGUUGAUGGUUUUAUGUA